AUGUCGACGACGAAUCCACCGCAGCUGUUUCUCCUUGCGGACCACAUCAAGCUCUCCCUGCUUGAGAGACAGCGAGCAAUCUCCCUCAACCUCUCGCCAAAUACGCAAGAUGGCCAGAUAUCGCGGUCGCUGGAGCAGUUCCGCUCAGGCAUCGAGUCUCUCGAGUCGCAGGUGGCAGACAACGAGGACGAAUCCAUUACAUCCCAGCUCCCCCGCCUGCGCUCCCAACUCGCCGACCUAACCUCACAAUUCACCUCGAGCACCUCCAACUCGCCUACCUCUCCCACCGUCACCCAACCCAACAACCCCUCCCUCACCUCCGACUUCGCCGCCGCCCAGAAGAAACCGCGCCAAGUCUCGAAAUCCGUCCGCUUCACAGACGACCCCUCUACCUUCCGAAACGCCGCCCCCGCCGACGAUGACCCCAACCGCGCAGCCCUCUUCCCCUAUCGCGACGACCCCUCCGAAGACUCCGGCCCUGAUCAAAGCGACAUGUCGAACCAGCAGAUCCACGAGUACCACAGCCAAGUCAUCCGCGAGCAAGAUGACCAGCUGGAUCGGCUCGGCCAGAGCAUCGGCCGGCAGCGGGAACUCGGUAUGCAGAUUGGAGAUGAGCUAGACGGACACGCGUUGUUGCUAGACGAGAUGGAAGAAGGGGUUGAUCGACACCAGGCGCAGUUCCGAAGAGCGAGAGGGAGGUUGGAUCGGUUUAGUAAGAAGGCGAAGGAGAAUUGGAGUCUGACGGUGAUUGUGGUGCUGAUCAUUAUCCUGGUGCUGCUCAUUGUCAUCACGAAAUGA